AUGGGAAAUCAAAAUUCAGAAGUAUAUAUUGCUGCCCAGUCGCUAGACAAGGAACUACGUUCUGUAAAGAAUUUGAAGCGGCUAUCCAUCGGGUCCAUGGAUCUACUCAUGGACCCUGAGAUGGAUAUGCUUCCUUAUAAUAAUGGAUACAGGAACUCGUGGUCCACACAAUUAGAACAAGGGGAUAAGCCACUGAAGAGUACCAGGUACAGUGAUCCUACACAUUACAACUCCAAAAUUGUACGACAGGAGAGACUACCAUUCAAGCAAAAUCAACCACAGAAAUCAGAUAAGGAACAAACGCAAGUAGAAAAUACUAAGAAGCAACCCGGAUCACCUAAAUCGUUAACACGACGUGGUGCUGUUAAUUUUAGCUCCAGGAGACCUGUGGACAGAUCCAAUCACAGUAAAAACUCUAGUAAAAUAAAUGAUACGCUGCCCGAUGAGGUAGCACAGAAUUUACUAUGGGUUAGAGCUGACCAACACCCAAAUGUUAAGCCAGAAAACUAUAUCGAGCUUGUACAGGAUGCCUUACAUAAUAUUCAGAUAGACAAAACUGAAGAGCACGACAAGGAGAAUAGUGACACUUUGGACAAGGUAUCUAGGUACUACAAUAGUAACAAUAAGCGCUCUCCUAAUAACACAGGCUUAGUACGAAGACCCUCUUUAUUGCGGAAGUCAUACACGGAGUUUGACGAGGUAAAAGAUAGUGAUAUUAAAGAGCAGUCAAGCACUAACAAUAAUGUUGACAGUACGCCCCAUAACAAAAAGUUUACAUUAAAGGAUAUCACAGAGGAACUUACUAGAAUAUCAAAUAAGGCUGGUUUGACAAAUAACGAUGCGGUCACACUAGCCAGAACUUUAAGCAUGGCCAGUGUAGCUGAAGAGGAUGAAACCGAUGAUUUGCAAGAACGUCCAGAAGCUGAAGACGACUAUGCUCGACAAAGCAGAAACAAUGAUGACAACUAUGCGUCUACCAUGCUUCUACCAACAGAUAGUCUCAUCAAAUCCGAGCAUUCUACUCUCAAAAGAAGCAAAUACACUUACCAUAUCAGAACACAAGAGGAUAAGGAUCCUACCAUCCCAGUGUCCACUGAGUCACAACAUCAAGACGUAAUCGAGGCUUCACCAGGAUCAAUCAAUGAUAUAUAUGAUCACUACCGCGAGCCAAGUGGAGAUUGGAGCAGUCUGAUUCAGGUUGCUCCAGAGAAUGAGAAUAAGAAGAGAACAGAUACAGAUAUUGAUUCAAAUACAAAGAUCGUCCAACAUUCAACCGAACAUGUUGAUUUGGGGAGUACAGGUCAUUCCACUAGCGACAAAUCAGAUAUUAACAAAAAGGAACCUGCGCAUAGAAAGAAAAGGAACGGUUGGUUAUGGUCAAGUAAAACCAGUGAGAAAGUGAACGUCACGUCUGACAAACACGAAAAUGAAGAUAUAGUUCCGGAAAGCCGGUUCAACCACUCGAAAAACAGGCAUGAACCGCUAUACAACCAUAAGAUAGAGAUUGCCAAUACCUUAGGAACACUACCAGAAAAGAAAAACGCAAUUGACAAGAAGAUCAGCAAUAUUUUCCGCCGUAAACAUCAUACUCGCCGAGCUAACCAAGAGAAUAGUCUUGCUGGAUUAAAGAUUAGUCAACUACAAUGGCGAAACAACGAUCACAAGGAAAAAGCUGUGGAGGCUACAAAUAACACUGAGGAGAACAAUGGAAGUGAAAAGGUUCUUGCGGAAGCAGUAGAGGUCAGAACACAUUCCAGUUAUACACCACAGGGAAAUGUGCAUGUAAAGAACGAAUACCAGACAAACAAUGUUGAAAACACCAAUGUACGAGAAAUACCUACUGCAAACAAUGGAAUAGAAAAGGAGAUCAUUCCUGAGGUCAGCAAACACCAAAAUCAUCAACAGCAAAAGUCUACCGCUAGACCUGCCCAUAGCAGCAAGUUUAGAAUAACAGAAAAGCAAACACAAGGCCAAGAUCAAGGUCAAGAUCAAGGUCAAGCUCAUGGAUCCGAUAUUGGUGGGGUCAGUUUGCAACCUGCAGUCAAUGUAACCAGCACUAAAAAUCAGGAGAUAGUAAUUCAAAAUGUCACUGUCACGGCCACACCAUCACAGAGAGAAGAAGCAACAGACAGCAGUAAGACAGCCUCCAAGAAGCCACUCUACCCACCUAGGAAACUUACCUUUGCGGAUGUCAAGAAGAAAGACAAAGCCAAUGCCCCAAUUGAGUUCACGGAUAGUGCAUUUGGGUUCCCAUUACCUGAGCUAACAUAUUCCACUGUGAUAAUGUUCGACCAUAGAUUACCGAUCCACGUAGAGAGAGCGAUUUACAGAUUAUCCCAUUUGAAAUUGAGUAACUCCAAGAGAGCACUAAGGGAGCAAGUGCUUCUGAGUAACUUCAUGUACUCAUACUUGAAUUUAGUGAACCAUACAUUGUACAUGGAACAGAAAAGCUAG